GCCCGAAGGAGGAACUUCUAAAAUCAAUUAGCAGCCCCUUAGGCGAUGGGGGUUCCGUUCCAGCGACUGUGGAAGGACCCUUUCCAUCAUAGGGUGUCCCUGUGCGACGACUACAGUCUACCGGUCGAUUUUGUUAAUAAAAGACGUCCUGCAAGUGCUGCGGCUGCAACUUCUACGGUCCAGUGGGCGCUUCCAAGUCCUACCGUAGAGAACGCGGAAGUCGAGGUUGUGGAACAAUACAGCGACCCGAAGGAUAGUAAGAACAAGGCGUACGUCGAGCCAGGAGCUGAGACAUCCCUGCCGACGAUCUACAGCAAAGUAAAUCGCAACUAUUGCCGACCUUACACGGAUCCAUCCGCUUCCGGUUCUUCCUGCGAGGAUGACGAGGAGGGUCGGCGUGUGGACAUCAGAAAACGCAAGAACAGUUUGUACGCGUGUACCUCGACGCGCGCUCCAUCAAUAGACAGGGAGAAAGAGUUGAGCUCCACCGAGGGGGCGUUGGUCGACUGCGUGGCCCUGGUUCAUCUCACCGAUCAAUCGCCAACCGAGUCCAAUCAACCGGUCCGUCACCCAUCGCCCUAUUACUACGGCGACUUGUUCAAGGUACCGGAGCAAAUAAGCAAAUCACAACCGAACAGAUACAGAAAGAGCGUGAGCCUCGACGUACCGGGUGAACGGUCUCGAACACCCGGUAUACCGAAGAGAAACUCGGUGGCGGGUGAUGGGGGUUCCUAUUCGUCCCAGCAACAGCAACCGCAACAGCAGCAACAGCAACCACAGCAGCCGUUACAUUAUCAGCAGCAGCAGCAGCAGCAGCAGCUACAGCAACAUCAAUUACAGCAACAUUAUCAGAGUCAGGAUCUAGUGAGCCCCACAUCGGGGAGCGAGCAUGCUGUCCCAGCCAGAAACGAGAUCCUCUCGUCGUGCAUCAUCACCGAGUGGGAUCACACCCUCAUGCCUCCUCAUAGAUUGUUAAGCCAUGACCUACCGACCACCGUUUGUACCUGCGUCGCAUCGGCUGAGGAAGAGGAGGAUGAGCUAGAUCAACGGCAGCCGCAGUUAACGCGGCACCAAGUGCGCAAGCUACGCCGUACACGGAGGAUAGACCCGCAGCCGAUACUCGUCGAGGACGAGGACGACGUGGAGGGAGAGGACGAGGGCGAGGAAGAGGAGGAGGAGGACGUGGAGGUGGAGGAAGACGAGGAAGAGAUGGCUAGGCAACGUCACCUCUACGAGACGGCCUUCGACUGCAAGGUCAAUCGCUCCGACGAUGACCUCGAUGAUCUCGAUCGGGUCACCAAUCAUCCCGUGUUGCAUUCCCAGAUAAGAAGCAGCAGCGCGAUACCAGUGAGCAGAACGAGUUCAUCGACGGACACGUCCAAGCAACAGCAACAGCAGCAAGCUCCGUACGCUGGCCAAUCCCACAGCAACAAAGAUCGACGCAAAGUCGUACUUCUCCGCCCAAAACCUAUUCCGAGCCGUCUUCAGCAGCAGCAGCAGCAGCAACAGCAGCAAUCAGACAAUAUUUCUACUCUGUCCCAGGACAUCGAAUCCCUCCAGAUCAAUUCGAGCGACGAGAAGACCGGUUCGCCGAGAUUACCGGCCCGCGGUUACACACCGUCGCCGCCAUCCACGGCACCAUUGCCCGCCAAAUUCCACGGCAAUCGUGACCACUUGUUGUUGAACAUACGAAGCACGCCCAAUCUACCCUCUCAACCGGACCAUCCGCGUCUCAAAGAUCUCAGAUUGCCUGUCAAGUCCUCGUUGAGGGCGAAGGACUCGCCGCAGAGCAGCGAGGGCAGUAUCCUCGAGAUCAAGAGUAGACCGAAGAGUUUUGCUCAAGAAACCGUCGAGUCGUCGCAAGGGCGACGUUUCGACAAGGAGUUGAUCCUAGAGUUCAAAGGGAGGCCGAGGGAGGACAGGCAACGACCGAGGAGCCUGAUCCGCGAGAGCAAGCCCAUCAUGGAGUUCAAGGGGAGGCCCCACGAGGCCGAGAGCGAUCUGUUACGGCCUCGAAGGGACGUCGGCCUGUUGGAAUUCAAACUGCGUACCAGCAGACGCAGACCGGGCUACUCGAGCACCGAGAGCAUGGCCACGAGUAGCAGCGGCGGCAGCAUGGAGUCGCUACGAAGCAGCACCAGCGAGGGGAACAGAUCGACGAGCAGCUCGGAGAGCCGUCACAGCACCAGCCUCAGCUCCCACAGCUCGGACAGUGGCGGCACGAAUUGCUACCACCACCACCAGCAACCCUCGAUGACCGGUUUCUUGACCCACCACGCGAACAAGUUGCACAUACUCUCCCCCAUCUCUGACAAAUCGUCCCAAGAGCCCGCGUCCGAGACCUCGGACAACAAUCGGAACAACAACUCGCAGAAAGCCUCGCCCGAGGAGAACGUGACCAUCGAGAACAACGUGACCGCCACGAACAACACUAACACGAACACCGGCAACACGAAUUCGGUUACCUCGCCGAUGGACACGUCGUUCAAGAAGAGGCGGACGCCACAGAACAAGAAUCUGAUCAAUUUGGCCCUGCAAUCCUCGUCGUCGGGCGAUGCGGAGAUCCAAGGAUCGGACAGCGGAAUCUCGAUCGAGUCGCGGGCCGGGAUCAAGUGCAAACCGUUCGGUUUCCACUUGUUGAAACCGCAAUUGGACAACAUCAAUCUGGUGGACAACGAGCCCGAGCUCUCCGAUCUUCCUUUCGACAUGCCGAAGCUGCGUAGAAGGCGAUUGCUUAUGCAACAGGACGCAACCACGUCUGGGAGCGCGACGAGCGUGGAUUUGAGAGACUUGCCGUUCGAUAUGCCGAAACUGAAAAGGAGGCUCAGAUGCAUGCAGAGCACGGAAUCCAGCGGAUCCCAGGCAUCCUCCAGUCUUUCCGUGCGUGACGUCGAACCGCCUGCGUUGUUCGGCGGCGGACUGGCGCGUCCGAAGAUGACACUGAAUCUGGACGCUGGGAACGGGACUGGGAACUGUGGAAACAGCGGUCAACUUCCACCUAAAAAACCAGGGGGGCUCAGCCUUGGAUUGCCACUCGAGAUUAACACCGCCCGCGGAUCCGCUGAUCUGGUCGACGUGGGCCUUCCCCUGGAGAGACAAGGGUGGUACCACGGAUCCAUCACAAGGAUCGAGGCGGAAGCUGUCCUACGACUUCUGAGAGAAGGAAGUUAUUUGGUGAGGAACAGCGAAUCGACCAAACAAGAUUAUUCUUUAUCGUUAAAGAGUGCUCGCGGUUUCAUGCACAUGCGUAUCCAAAAAAAUGAAGAGUUAAACGCGUAUAUCCUGGGUCAAUUUAGCAAACCGUUCGACAGUAUACCGGAAAUGGUUCGUCACUUCAGCGUGAACCGUCUUCCGAUACGUGGCGCCGAACACAUGUGUCUUCUACAUCCAGUCAUAGCUCAGCUUUUGUAGCGCAUCUAUCGUAGCGCUGUUUAAGGCGCUUCCCACUUUUUGAUAUCCUUUUACCCACGAAAAUUA